AGCAGCUGUUCAUGCAAAAAAUAAAAGAAAAAACAGUUUGCUUUGUGUUUUUACGUGAUUUAAAAUCGAGUGCGUUUUUGUUAACAAAUUUGCCGGUAGUGAUAAAAAUUCAAGAACAUUUAUUUAAUUUAACGUUAUAAAGUAAACUUUACAAUAUGACCCAAGAUAUUUUAAUGUCCAAUGAAGAAUCGGUGGCACCCACCACCAACGAUUCGGCUCACAAGCAAUUGCAACAAUUUUGCUUGUUGGCUAAGACAGCUCAUGGUGCUGCCAUUUUGGAAUUGGUCAAACAAGUUUUAGAAGCUCCCGGAGUUUAUGUAUUUGGUGAACUAUUGGUUAUGCCCAAUAUACAAGAGCUCAAAACUGGUGACCAUGUGAAAUAUUUCAAUACUUUAAACUUAUUUGCUUAUGGCACUUACAAGCAAUAUCGCCAGCAGCCUCAAGAAUAUUUGGAUUUGACACCGGCUAUGCAAAAGAAAUUGCAGCAUUUGACCAUUGUCUCAUUGGCCAUUAAAAAUAAAUGCAUUCCAUAUGAGGUUUUAUUGGAAGAGUUGGAAAUCAAUAAUGUUCGUCAUUUGGAGGAUGUUAUUAUAGAGGCGAUUUAUGCAGAUAUUAUACAUGGCAAAUUGUUUCAAAACAAUCGUUUUUUGGAAAUCGAUUAUGCUCAGGGUCGUGAUAUACCUCCCGGUUAUACUGCCAAAAUAGCUGAAACUUUACAGGAUUGGAUUGAUUCAUGUGAUGCCAUUUCCAACUGUAUUGUCGAUCAAAUCAGAAUGGCUAAUGCGGAAAAAUCUAAGAAAUUGGAUAAUAAGAAACAAAUUGAACAGGAGAUAAUUAAUUUGAAGAAAGUUUUAAAAACACAAAUCAAUGACAAUGAUGAAGCCAUGCAAAUCGAUUCACGUGAAACCUCAUCCACCAGUCAGGAGGCGCGCAAAAAAAGUUCUAAAGUUAAACCAUCACGAUCAACGGAUUUAUUCAAAUUCAGCAAGUAAAGUUAGAAAAGUAAAGUAUAAUUUUUUUUCCUACGCUUGAAUACCAAACGCAGGAGGGUUAUAUUAACUUCAUAACCAUCUUCAGCAACAACAAGAAUUUUGUCAUCAUCAUACUCCUCCUGCAUAUGAGAUAUAAACUAAAUAAUGGAUUUUUAUUUGGAAUAAAGUAAAUCAUGUAUAAAAAUUUAUUUGAAUUUUGAAUUUUUAUAACUCUUAAUAUUUCCUUAUUUACGUCAGAAAGAAGAGAAUGUGAGAUAAUAUUGAAAUGAUUUGCUUUUUUCUUACUACUUGUGCACAUGUCAAUGUAAAUUUUCAAAUAAAUGUCAAAAUUUCUUAAA